AUGGUAUUGAUGUAUGGCUCCAAAACUGCAGGCUCCUUUGCAAUCACAGAAAUUCUCGAAUCAUACAGAGAACAAGAUGCUGUAUUGGAGAUUAGCCCUGACGAUUACCACAAAUUGACAGGCUACUCGCAGUUUAUCAGUGCUGACGAACGCAUGCGGAUCUUAAACCUGACAUUCACCGAGCUGUUACUCCGCGACAUUGACCAGCUCGUAUAUUGGAUCACAAACGAGUGUCUCAGGAAAGAGUUUGAUGAAAAUCUUGCGGUUGCAACAGAGGGUGGUGUAUCUGAUACAGCUCCCGCAGGUGAAGAUAUUACCGCAUUUGACUUGGAGGGAGACGACAUAGCGGUAGGAAUCUUGGAUGAAGACAACUUUGGCAACCACAACGACUUGAGGGUGUAUUUAGAGGCUACUACUAGUACUACCACUGGGCCUGUACCAGCCGAGUCGGGGUCUGGACCAUCACAAGACGAAGACCCUGAGUCCUUGGCUAAUUUGUACUAUCCGCUUUAUGGAGAAGAAGCAAGGGAACAAGAGCAAGAGCGAGAGGAAGGUACAUCUGGUUCGAAAGAAAACUCUUUUGUGAUAUUCCUUGGGUUUCUAGGGUCUGUGUAUCAGACCAAGAAGUUUUGUCGGUCGUUGAGUGGAAUAGGCUACGUAGCCAAGACGUGCAUUUUGUUAGAUAUCAUCAAGCGGGCCCGUCUAUGUCAUGUGUCACUUCGAGAGGCAGAGGAUGUCUCGAUUGUGGAGGCGGGCCUGUACCGCUUGUUGACUCUGGCACGUACGCACUACAUACAUCUAGGACUCUCAUUAGCCCGUAGCUAA